ACCCUGUAUACGAGCUUAUGCUUCCAAACGCGACUAAUGCUCUGAAUCAUCGAGAAAUAGAAUCUAUAGAAUGCGCUGUACAGGGAAAACGUAAAAGUGAAAAUCAUGAAUGGUUUUCCUUCGUUGAGAGUCGCUCGACCACGCUCGUGGUAAACUGGUGAAGAAUUUGUGUAAAAUGGAGUGAAUCAAUUUACCGAUCAAAUUUCCUCGAAGAAACUUUAUCAGACUCGAUGGAAAAGCCCGGAAGAAAAUAAGAGAUCAUUCGUAAAACUCCCGUGGAAAUAGGGACUCCUAGUUUCCCAUUAGCUCUGCUAUCGGUCGAAAGAGGCGCCUUCAACGGAGGAGGUUACGAUCGUUGACAUCACCGACGCAGAAUCCUAAUUCCUAUUCCUAUCGGGAUGAACGUUCGUAAUCCGCGGUAAUGAUGUUGUCCAACUGUCGGAGAUAUUCUCCGCGAGUAUUUUCGUUCGUAUCUAUCCGAGCUGUUCCGUGAUCGAUUCGAGGAUAUUCCCCAGCAAAGGAACGCAUAUGAUUCGCGAGAUACGUCGCACUGGCCACGACCGUUUCAGCCAGAUCAGCUGAAAGAAAAUUGUACAAGGAAUGUGUAUUGCAUCCUGGUCACUACCAGAACGCUGUCAACUCUGAGAUGUUAGAGGUCGGUCUAAGAGUGGUUCGAGGGCCAGACUGGAAGUGGGAUAACCAGGAUGGUGGAGAAGGACACGCAGGGACUGUUGUCGAGAUUGGCAAGCCUCCAGCCUUUGGGAGUUCUGCUUCCACUCCGAACCCUUCCGACAGGACGCCGAACAAGACUGUUAUCGUUCAAUGGGAUCAUGGAUCUAGGAGCAACUACAGAAUAGGGUACCAAGGAGCGUACGAUUUGCUUGUGUUCGACAAUGCAGCCACUGGAGUUAAACACGCGAACAUUAUCUGUGAUGGAUGCAAACGACACGGGAUAAUUGGUAUCAGAUGGAAGUGUGCGCAGUGUCCUGACUACGACCUGUGCACUCAGUGCUACAUGGCUGACGUGCACGAAUUGAGUCAUACUUUCCAAAGAUUUCAGACGGCCAAUUCUGUAGGGAUUCAGAUGUCUCCGAGAGAAGGCUGCACUAAGAUACCAUUAAAAGGAAUAUUUAUAGGAGCAAAGGUUGUACGUGGUCCAGAUUGGGAAUGGGGAAACCAAGACGGAGGACGAGGAAAAACUGGUAGAGUGAUGGACAUACGCGGUUGGGAUAACGGAAGCAGUCGUUCGGUGGCAACAGUAACGUGGUCCAAGGGCAGCUCGAACGUCUAUCGUCUCGGGUACAAGGGCUGCGUAGAUCUGUGUUACGUAGAAGAAGCAACAACCGGUUCGUACUACAAAGAGCAUCUUCCACUCGUUGGCCAACCGAUCAUCACCGUGUCUAACAACGGGAAUAACUCGACGCCAAGUUGGAGUGGUAUUUCUUCCAGUGGGUCUAGUCCGCGCCAAUCGACGUUCGUCGUCGGGCAUAAAAUAAAAGUAGCGGUUGACGUGGAAACGUUAAAGGAAAUGCAGGAGAGCCACGGCGGUUGGAACCCGCGAAUGGCCGACUAUAUAGGAAAAAUCGGCAGAGUCCACCGUAUCACGGACAAAGGCGACGUACGCGUGCAAUUCGAGGGAUGCAACAACAGAUGGACCUUUCAUCCCGGAGCACUCGUGAACGCCACGAGCAAGGACACGUUUUCUCUAGGCGACAUAGUCAGAGUGAAAACCGAUCUGUCCGCGGUUAAACUCUACCAACGUGGCCACGGCGAGUGGAUAGACGUUAUGAAAAAUGCUUUAGGAAAGACUGGGAAAGUGAUAAAGAUAUAUUCGGACGGAGACUUGAGGGUCGCUCUGGACGGUCACACGUGGACCUUCAAUCCUCUGAGUGUCACUCUCGUUCCUCCAGGGACAGAAAUUGCUUCUCUGCAGGAUGAGUCCAGGAGCAGAGACUGGGCAGCCGACAGUGUAGAUACAGAAGUGGAGAAACUGUUGAGAGACGCAGCCAGGGGAGAGGCUGGGGUAUCCGCGGUCCAAGAGUUUCUGAAGAAGUAUCCAGGAAGAGUAGAUGCCAGAGCUGGCGGUCCCGGAAGUGGCAAGAAAACGUGUCUGCAAGUCGCGGCGCAUCAAGGUCAACGUGACCUUUGCACUCUUCUUCUAGACGCUGGUGCAUCCCUGCGAGCGGUAGACGAGGACGGAGACACUCCUCUGCACUAUGCUGCAUUUGGGAAUCAGCCGGAGAUCAUGGAGUUGCUUCUGUCGCGCGGCGCUCCCAUAAAUGCUAUGAAUGACGGCAAGUGCAGCGCUUUGCACGUCGCCGUGAACAAGAAGCACGUGCAGUGCGUGAAGGUCCUGUUGCGUCACCAGUGCGACGUUAACUUGCAAGACUCGUACGGGGACACCGCGUUGCACGACGCGAUCGGAAAGGACGCCAUCGGUAAAGACGCGUUGGAUAUAAUCGACGCCCUGUGCUCGUGCGAGAGAGUCGACUUCACCUUAAGAAACAAGCGGGGUUUCAAUGUCUUGCAUCACGCCGCCUUAAAGGGCAAUGCACACGCGACGGAGAAGCUAGUGUUGCGAGCGAGGCACCUGGUGGACGUGAAGAAGGACGACGGUUUCGCAGCCCUGCAUUUAGCAGCCUUGAACGGCCACAAAGACGUCGCGGCUAUACUCGUUUCUCCGGGCGGUGGUCACGCCAAGGUGGACUUGAGAAACAAUCGUCGACAGACACCGUUGCACUUGGCCACCUCGCAGGGCCACUGGGCCCUAGUGGAGCUGCUGGUGCACCAUAACGCGGACGUCGCCAGCACGGACGCGGACGGCGACACGGUGCUGCAUAUCGCCAUUGUCAAGAGCUCGAAUCAAACGAACGUCGUUCCUACGCCUGAGAGUUGCAGGGACUCGCCUCUCAUCUAUGCGAUAUGGCAAAAUUUGACGAGACAGGGUACGAAGACGGAACUGGCGUUAGCUUGUUUCUUGGUGAGCGUGGAUAGGAGCUGCACUCUUUUGGAGCACGCGAGGAACUCCAAGAAUAAGACUCCUCUGGAUCUCCUCGAAUCGGAUCCACAGAUUGCCUCAUACGGCGAUCUUCUGCGCUGUUACCAGUACCAAAGCCACAGUACUCAAUUAGAGAUAGAGAAUGCUCCCGCCUCGCAGACCGCCAUGUACGAGAUAGAUCCAGCGUCGCAGUCGGAAGUGGUGCGCAGAACGAGGAAGAGCGUAUCCGGUUCUGGCGACGCCACCGAGUGCCACAAUUGUUCAGGCGUAGAUGGUCAGUCAGCUACAGGUGAGGUCCCUUUGACGAAACCUGAGGAGAAGCUGAAGGACGACACGCUAGAGGAUAAGAAGAAGGAAGAGGACCAGGAAAAGGAGAAGGACAAGGACUUGGAACGACUGCGUUACUUAGAAACUAGGGUGGCAGAUUUGGAGGAGGCAAACAUGUGCAGCAUCUGCAUGGAACGUCGUCGCAACGUCGCGUUUCUGUGCGGACACGGAGCCUGCGAGCAUUGCGCGGCCCCGCUCAAGACUUGUCACAUGUGUCGCAAAGUUAUCACAAAGAAAAUUAAUUUAUACUAGACAAUCAACGAUGGAGCGGAAAUAGGUUAGGGCACCGCGUCUUUCCAGUGUUUUGCAUGAAUUUGUUUAGCUAGAAAGAAAUGUAUAUAAUUUAAUGAAACAUUGAGGACAUUUUAUAUGUAUAUAUUUAAGUAAAUAUUGUAAUUUUUUGGAAGUAUUUCCUUCAUAUUUCCUAAAAAUAUGGAAGAUAUCAACUGCUAAAAUUUUCAUCUGAAAUCAGUAAGGAUUUAAAUAUAGUUUGAAGGCGUGUUUUUCUUCUAUAAGAAUCUACAUUUAGAGUAGUAUUGUUUAAAGUAUCAUUUUAUUGCUGAAAACGUUAUACAAAAAUUGCAAAAAAUGAUUGCAAAAAAAUUUGCUCUAUUCUUUAACACGUCACAUUCAAUUUUUUAAGAGGAAAUGUACGUUCAUAUAGAAGAAAGACAUGUUUUUAAAGCAAAUUGAACCCUUUGCACUCGAGAGGUGACUCUCAGUCACCAUUAGAUUUUACGCAGUAAAUCAACCAAUAUUUGUUUACGGUUCAUUUCUUUGGAGCUCGAAGUGUCAAUAAAAUAAUUGUCAGUGCAAUAAAGGUCAAUAAAAGCUGCAGUAGAAUCUAAAAUUAGAUUUAAAAUCUUAGCAUUCGAGUUACUGGUAGACACCAAAAAAAAAAGCCUCGAGUGCAAAGGGAUCCCUAUUGAUUUCAGAUGAAAACUGUGGAAUGUAGCUGAUAUCUUCCAUAUUUUUCGAGGAAAUACUUCCAAAAAAUUACAAUAUUUACUUGAAUAUAUGUAUAAAAUGUUCUCAAACUUUCAUUAAUUGAAUUAUAUAAGUUCCUUUCUUGCUAAAAAAAAAAUUCAUGCAAAUCAUUAAAAAAAAGAACGUAGUCCUAAACCUAUUUCCCUCCUUGAACAAAUAUCGAUUACAAGUGUACUGUACGAGAUAUUACAAAUCGAUAUCGACCUGUAAAAUUCUAUUACUGCAUUCGAACUGCCAGAGUAUACAGAUAUUUUCUUUUUUUCUAUAUACAUAUAUAUAUAUAUUCAAUCGAGUCUUCGUACACGCACCAACGUCGUGCCAUAACGAAUAAAAAUCUACAUAUAAACAAGUCACAGAGCGAGUAUGUCUUGUGUCAGUAAAUACAAGACAUCGAGCUUUAUAUUCUUUUUUUUUUCGUUUUCUUCAAUCGUGCAUUCUCCUUCGUCGCCAAGGGACGCUUCGCCUAUUGUAAAUCCCGUCCAUUUUUUAUCAUCGUUCGAAGACAGGAGUAUCGUCGAACAGUCGACACUUUUGUAUUAUAGGCGUUUCGCGAGCCAACUUUAUCGAGGCUGUCCUAAAAUGUUACCAGAAACGCGGAUCUGACACGUUGAUCACCACGUCAGACAUACGUCAGGACUUCAAUGGGACUUGGAUAGGAAUUUAAAAAACUUAUUCCGGAAGAUGAUGUGUUAACCCUUUCGACCCUAGUGGUACAUUGGCCAAAUUACUAUUGAGACUCACAGUAACAUACAGUCGGUUUAAGAAGUAUUUGUACAGCAAGCAAUUUAAAAUAAUAUUAAUAAGAAAAGAAAUGAGAGAUUAACCUUUUGCACUUGAGGCCUUUUUUUCUGGUAUCUAUCAGCAACUCGAGAGAGAUAUUAAAAAGGUGGAUGUAUAUGUCCACAAUUAUUAUAAUUUAUGAAGGCUUUAAUUCCAAAGUCAUUUAAUUUCAACAUAUGGAGACUCCGGAACUCCAACUUUGGAGAACUAUGAAGAACUCUGGAGACGUUCCACCAUUUUUGCAUUAACCCUUUGCAUUCGAGGCCUUUUUUUCUGGUAUCUAUCAGCAACUCGAGAUGCUUUCUUAGCAUUCUAUUCCCAAGAAUGCUAAGCUUAGGUUUACCAUUCUUCGAAGAUGAGAUUUCUAGUUUGAGAUUUGAAAAUCAGACCACCCUUACUCCUUCGACAAUUGUUUUAUUGGCACUUCGAAUUCCAAAGCAAUCAAACGUAAAGGAAACCCAGUGACUGAGUCACCUCCUGAGUGCAAAGGGUUAACAUUAAAAAUACUGAACUUUAUUUAAGCAAAUUCUACUCUAAAAAUAUGUAGGAAUGUUGGAUAACUAUUUCUUCCCUAAAAUUUAUUAAUCAAAUAAAUAUAUGAAGUAUUUUUUUUAAUUGAUUCCUGUACGAAUACUUAUUACACUGACCGUAUGACUAAAAAAAGAAAUAUCAUUUAUGCUAGGACAAAUUGUCACUCCUUAUCUGGCUACUGUCUUUGAUUCGUAGACAAUUUAGGGUGGUCCUUAUUUCUGAAAUCUGUUACGUAACCUCUAAAUAGCUUGCACAACCCAUAAGAAAAUAAUCCUGGAAAAUAUUCCUGCAAAAUUUCAGCUAUUAACUUUAACAUUAACACGUGUCCUUCGAAAGUUUAAAUGGAUAAUACAUGGAUUGUUUUCAAUAUUUAAAACAUUUAAGAUAGCGUUACAAAAAUAUUUUAAGUAGGGAAAGUAGCUUCAUAUUUACUGUGCAAGGAAAUAAUUAAGAUAAAAAUUAGAUAUUUUUAAGACUUCCUAUUAUUAUAAGUAGACUGCGGAUUUUUAUGCUUUUAUAGGGAAUUUGAGUGUGCAAGAAACUACAAAAUGCAUGCAGUAUGCAAGAAUA